UCAAACCGCCCCUGCUCUCUCUUCUCUCCCUCAGCGUCGCUACCGGCUCGACGCCACACAGCACCUCACAGCGUGCGUCCGUAGGCAGAAUAUAGCCGCUCUCCUUCCUUGUGAUUCAAGUUAAAAGAUGCGCUUUGGAUGGCGAUCCGUCUCUUGAAGGGUCGAGAGGUGUAGAGUGUGGAAACGGUGCAAGAACACACUUACCGUAAUUUUUUUUUGUCUUGUGCAAAGUGCUGUUUCACCAUUUGGUCGGUGGUCGUCUCGGUUCCCGGAGGAGCGUUGGACAGCACCUGCACCGAGGCGCAAGAUUUCGCUCACAUUCCAGAGGAUUGCACCGUUAAAGAUACUCCUUGGGUUGUUUGAUGAGGUUCAUGAUGACACGUCCUCAGUGUGCAGCUGCCCGGCGGCUCUUCUCCACUCUGACGCUUCUGCUGCUCCUUGGCCUUGGCAGCGCCUCCUCCAUCGUCAACAUGCGCCGGAUCACCCACCCCACGGUGCAGGGCAGCCUGGCCGGCCGGGCCCUGCUCCCCUGUGUGUUCCCCCCCCAGGACCCCGGCGCCGGCCCCCCGCCCCCGCCCCACAUCCUGUGGACCGUCACCCGGCCGCCCGCCGGGGGCCGCGGGGCCCCUGAGGAGCUGACCGUCCUGUCGGCCAGGGGUGAUGUCAUCAAGGUGAACAAAGCCUUCGCCGGCCGCGUCAGCCUCCCAGAAUACUUGGCCGACCCUCUGAACGCUACCAUGGCGAUGGACCGUCUCCGCACCAACGACUCAGGCACUUACCACUGUCAGGUUGUCAUGGGAAACGACUACGAGAGAGACACGGUGCCCCUGGUGGUAUCUGGGGUGGUGUUCCACUACAAGGCGCUCGCCGCCCGCUACACCCUGACCUUCGCCGACGCCCAGCUGGCCUGCCAGGAGAACUCCGCCCAGAUGGCCACGCCGGCUCAGCUGUGGGCCGCCUUCGACGACGGCUUCACGAGCUGCGCCGCCGGCUGGCUGUCGGACCAAAGCGUCCGCUACUCUGUUCAGAUGCCGGAGCUCGGUUGCUAUGGACACAAGGAGUUUGCUGCCGGAGUGAGAAAUUAUGGAAAGAGGGACCCCAAGGAACUGUUCGACGUGUACUGUUUCGCCAGGGAGCUGGACGGGGAGGUGUUCCACUCCUCGGUCCCAGGCCGGCUGUCCCUGACCUCGGCCUCCGACCGCUGCGUGUCUCUGGGGGGCCAGCUGGCCACCGUGGGGCAGCUCUACCUGGCCUGGAAGGCCGGCCUGGACAGCUGCGCCCCGGGCUGGCUGUCGGACGGCAGCGUGCGCUACCCCGUGAGCUGGCCCCGCCCCGAGUGCGGCGGCGACCUGCCCGGCGUGCGCACGGUGGCGUCCAACGCGUCAUCGGAGGAGAACGCCACGGCGGCGCUCUACGACGCCUACUGCUACAGAGGCAACGGGAAGAUCAAAGGCUCCAUCUCUAAGAUCUUCACCUCCAUGUGGAAGCCCUGGAGUUACCUGGAGGGGUCCAGAGACGGGGGCCCCUCCAAGGCAGAGGGGGCUGACCGCACCACCGACGGCCCCACCACAUAUAAAGACAUCCAGACAGCUUCCAUUGGUGGUCAGGACCUGUCCCCCUCCAACUGGACCGGCUUGGUGGACUUAGAAGACGAGGCCAUCCACAGUGGAGAAGCUUCUUCAGACCCCUGGCCCUCAGAGUCCACAGAGCAGUAUGUGACGCUGAACAUCAGCCCAGGGCAGACCAGCUUCGACUGGGGAGACCCCAUGGAGCAGAGGAUGGACUCUGACAUGUUCCUGAGACCCCAAGCCCUUGGCACCACCUACCUGCCCCCCACUUCUACCGGGAAGAAGGUGAUCGCUGGGAUUGUGAAGUCCAUCUGGAAGCCGUGGGGCUACCUCUCUGGGCUGGACGAGGAUGAAGAGAGGAGCCCGGCGCCCCCCAGCGCAGCCCCCGAGACAGAGCCGACGACCCAGAACCAGGAGGAGAGGCAGGCAGAGGUGGGGUCGACCACAGCCAGCUCGGCGUCUCCAGGUGUGUUCUCCUGGGAGUCCUGGUUUGGCGUCACCUCAAAGGAGAAUUCUGAGACCAAAAACAAAUCCGCCAUUAGUCAGCCGUCCUCAGCCUCCACCGACCCAGCUCUGACUACCGAACGCCCCGCCGACACCGAGGGGAACGCAGAGCAGACCCAGACACCCACCACCUCCAGCUCUACUGCUGAAACAGAGCCCGUCACCAGAGGGGGAGCCUGGGUCAUGGUGUCCUCCUCCUCCUCCUCCUCCUCCUCCUCCUCCUCCCAGGCAACGUCCUCCACCCAGCCUGGGGACCGGAGGACGGAGACGGCGACCUCCAAGGCCGGCAGAGGUCGUGGGAGGGGGAAGAAGAGGGGGGAGGACAGGGGGAGAGGAGGCGACAAGAGCAGAGGGGGAGAGGAGGAGGGGAGCGGGGAGGCGGCCGGCUCCGAGGCCAAAGGAGAGGUGCAGUUCACCCGUCGUCUGGCUGGAACCAGUAAGCCGAGGGAGAGGUCCAGAGAGAGGUCCAGAGAGAGGGGGCACCGGAGAGGGCAGACCACCACCACCACCACCACCACCACCACCAGCCCGACCGCUGCAACGAGUACUUCUCAGUCCGUGGAGAACGGGUCGGAGAGAAUGGACUCCGGAUCCAUGUCCCCAUCUGCUUUAUCGGCGUCCGUUGCACUGUACAACACAGACUCUGGAACCACGUACCAAGGUCAAAAGCUGUCCCCGAACACACCACCGUCAGCAAUGCCCUCCUCAUCUUCCUCCUCCUCCUCCUCCUCCUCCUCCUCAUCCCUCUCUCCAUCCCCAUCCCAGACCCAGGCGUCUUCGUCAUCCUCCUCCUCCUCUUCCUCCUCCACUGCACCCACAUCUCCCUCGUCGUCCCCGUCCUCUUCUUCAACCCUUCUGCCCACCGAGUCGACGAGCCGUUACCCAGCUCCAUCCCUGGCUCCUGCGUCCCCGUCCGAACCCCCGUUCGGUUCCCCCACCUCCGCCCCGCCCUCCCCCCAGUCUCCGUCCCGCUCCUUGCUGCCGUCCCUGUUUGAAUCCCUGUCGUCGUUCCUGACCCCGUCCCUGCCCCAAGCCUCUUCCGAGGCCGAGGGGGGCGAGACAGGGGGGGCGUCCCCGGCGUCCCCAGACCCCCAGGACACCUCCAGGGACAGCUCCACGCCUCCCCUCCACUGGGCCCCCCCGGGGCCGGGGUAUCCCCAGGGGGUGGAGCAGGGCUCCCUGUACUACCCGCCCCCCGUGGAGGAGGAGGAGCCCGCCUGGUCCCGCUCCCUGGGGUCCGGGGCCCUGCUACCUGGGAACAUGGAGGAGGACGUGGGUGGAGUCAACCUCACCAGCACCCCCACCGCCUCAGCAGGGGAGCAGCAGCCGUGCGUGACCAACCCCUGUCUCCACGGAGGGAGGUGCCUGCCUCAGGGCCGGGGCUACAGCUGCUACUGUCCACAAGGGUACACCGGGGAGAACUGUGAGAUCGAUGUGGACGAUUGCCAGUCAGACCCUUGCGAGAACGGAGGAACCUGCAUCGACAAAAUUGAUUCAUUCGUUUGCCUUUGUCUGCCGAGCUAUGAAGGGGAGAUGUGUGAAAAAGACAUCGAGGGCUGUGAGCACGGCUGGCAGAAGUUCCAUGGCCACUGCUACAGGUACUUCACCCACAGACACACCUGGGAGGACGCGGAGAAGGACUGCCGAGAGCACAGCGCUCACCUCAGCAGCGUCACCUCCUCCACCGAGCAGGACUUCAUCAACGGUCUGGGUCAUGACAAUGCCUGGAUCGGCCUGAACGACCGCACCGUCGAGGAAGACUUCCAGUGGACUGACAGCAACGACCUGGUGUACGAGAACUGGAGGGAGAGCCAGCCAGACAACUUCUUUGCAGGCGGGGAGGACUGCGUGGUGACCAUCGCCCAUGAGGACGGCAAGUGGAACGACGUGCCCUGCAACUACAACCUGCCCUACAUCUGCAAGAAGGGAACAGUGUUGUGUGGAGCUCCGCCUACGGUGGAGAACGCCCAUUUGAUUGGCCGCAGAAGGUCCCACUACGAUAUCCACUCAGUGGUGCGCUACCAGUGCUCCGAGGGCUUUUACCAGCGCCAUAUUCCCACCACUCGUUGCCGUGCCGACGGCGACUGGGAGCGUCCCAAGAUCAUCUGCACAAAGUCCCGAAGGUCCCACCGCUACAGACGCCACCACCGCCAGCACAGAGAGCGCCGCAGCCACCGACGGCACGGCGCGGAGGGACACAGAGCCCGAGAGGACGCCCACGACCACUACUGAACCCAGGCGUCACCGGCCUGCCCCCCACCACCACCCCCCGCCCUCCAACCACUUACCAACCGCCACCCAUAAAGAAAGACAAUUCGUCCUAGUAUAACAUCCUAAUGGUUCCAUUCACACAUCUAACACGUUUCAGAGAAGAGGAAUCCCAGGAUUCCUCUUGUUUAUCGCUGACCAUCCUGCUCGCUGUUCCUCUUAACACCUCCCCCACCCCCCCCCCGCUGCUCCUCCUAACGAUAGCCGACUGAGAUAAGGUAUUUUGGAGGGGGUUCCCUGCCUCCCACCCGCUGGUCCACAUGAACACUAAACUGUUGAAUCUACCGUUUUAAUGCACCAUGAUGUCUAAUAAUCCGAUCCAUCCUAAACAUGUCCAUGACUAACCACCCGUCCCCCUCUGAAGCUGGUGAGUCUCGUGCGCUUGCCUGUGCGUGUGUGCAUGUCAAGAGGAGAUGGUGAGAGCGGUUUAGUGGGUGUUUUAUUUUGACGUUUUAAGUUGACUUAUUCUUAACGGGAGAAAAAAAUAAAGAUAUUCAUCCUAGCAAAGCACACAGAUGUAUUCGAUGCAAGAUGGCUUACGGUUCCCAUAACCCUUUCUUGAGAUUUUCGUACGUGUCGUAAUGGUUCUUUUGUUUUCAUUGAACGCCUGAAUAGCUAGCUUUAUCCUUAGUAUAUGUUUUUCUAACAUUUGCUAUAUAUUUGUUUACUUUGUGCAAUGUAUUUAUUAUUAACCGUUUGCUAGUUGAUAGGUUUUUAUACAUAUAAUUAAGAGUUUAAUAUUUGAUACACCGCUACACCAUUCAUACGGUCAAUAAGUAACAACACAGAUCAUUUAAUUUCUACUGAUUUGUUUCCUGUACAUAUUGUUAUCUAUUUCAGCUAACAGUUUUUCAUCACUGCAAGCACUCAACUGAAUUAGACGAUUUGACAAUAUGGCUUAGUUCUCGAGUACAUUAACAAAUUCCCAAGAUAACUGCUGACUGAUCAGAAAAGCUGGACACAAAGCACUUCACUUGUUGAACGGCUAGAUUGACAUGAUAGGUAAGGUGCCCAGACUGUUGCUCCGGUCCCUUUGAUAAAAGGAUCACAACUUCUACUUUUUUGGUGUUCUUAUGAUUUAUUUUGUCCCGCUGUUGUGUUUCAUUCUUAAUAAAGAUGGAAAAACCAAGA